UCGCAGUGGUAAUAACAGAAGCUAACAGAAGAGUCAGCGGAACAGAAGCCCUCCAGGAAUAGCGUCUAUGUUCUAGAUGGAAAUAACAACAAAUAACUUAAUCUGUGAUCAGAAACAAAUCCCAUGUUGGUGCUGAGGUGAAACAAUGGAUGUGUGAGACAAGUGCAAAACGACAAUUAGUCAUUCUUGUGAUUUUUGCACUUCUGCGCAAACAGUAACGAAACGUUGGACAACGCAACAACUAAACGAAAAAAACAUAAAAUAUACUGUCAAAUUCUCACACACGCCAUACCCUCCUCACAUGUUGGGGGUGUUGAGAAUUUGAAUGAAUGAAUGAAUGAAUGAGUAAAAAAGUGAGAAGAAUAAUUUUGAAUUGUGUUGUAAAGUUGAGCAGUUGUUGGCCAACGGAACGCAGUGCCUACGAGUGAAUUAAUGUGAUAAUUGUCAGAAACACAGCAAAGCGAGCUAAAUCGCUCAAGUGCCAGUUUCCGCGGCCCAAGCGCGCCAAAGUGAGGCCCAAGAUCUGCUGAUUGGCGCACGCGGUAACUGCUGCUGGUCGGCUCCUAUCUCGGCGCUUGCCCGUGGCCAGUUUGAACACGAACGGUGCUAAGAACGGUAGCCAUAAACGCAGUUACCUAUCGGAAACUCGACAGAAGUGGCCGCCGAGAAAGAGAGUCUGCGUUGGUGAAUUAUUAACAUCUUUUGAAUCUUAAUUUCGUAACGUUUUCCUACAGGAGUAUCGAUUAUUUGUGAAGUAUAGGAAGCAAGUGUAUAAGGUGAUAACUGAUAUUAGAGUGAAGCUGUGACAUAACCAAUUUAGUUAUUAAGGUGUUAGAUACAGAGAACGCUGACUUACGAAAAAGUGUGGUUCUAUUACACCUCUUGGAGAGGGCUCUGUCCCGUCCGGACCUGUGUGGAAUUCGUCCAAAAAGUGGAAUACUGAAAAGCAUAUAGUCAUCCCAGUGCAGUCACCAUGGAAUCGGCAGCAAAAAUAUUAAUUGUAUCAGCUCUCAUCAUCACAACCACACUCACCACAGGCAGCGAUGGCCAGUUUCUAUCCGGGCCACGAUACAGUCUGGAAAAUAUGCCUAAGACCAGCUUUUCAUGCCGAGACAAAAUCCUUGGCGGUUACUAUGCAGACCCAGAGACACAGUGUCAAAUGUUUCACGUUUGUGUAAAAGUUUCCGGAGUGGGUGUGCAAGACUUCAGAUUCCUUUGCCCCAAUGGCACGGCUUUCGAUCAGGAAGCGCAAAUCUGUGCCGAUUGGGGCGAUGUCGACUGUGAAGCGGCCACACUCUACUACGGUAGUGACAACUUCGAUCUCUACCGGCUGGGAUCCGGAUUCGAGAGUAAACGGGCACCUUUCGCCGAGGAGGAAGAAUCCACUUUCCAUCUGCAACGGGCCGAGACUAGUGACGCUAGGCGUAGCAAACAGUAUAUUGUAAACCAAAGCACUAAACCACAACAGACACCCUUUGCCAGUCCUAAUCAAAUACCCUCGGCACAGAAGCCAUACCACCAUCGGCAGCCUCCGGCUCCAUCAACGACAAGCACUACUACAACAUCCACCACGACACGUCAGCCCACAACAUCUUCCUACAGUACAACUGAGAACUAUUACAGUGCUCUACAGUACCAAAAACAUCUGCAGCACAAACAGCAGCAGCUGCUCUACAACCAACAGCAACAGCUUCAGCAGCAACAGUAUAGACAACUGACAGCUGCCGCUGCUACUGCAACGCCGGCCGACCGUAAACCUCAAUCGACGACAACACCGGCUAAUUUUGGAAGCAACAAGCAACAGCUGCGCAACGAUUACAAUAACGACGAAAUUUUCCGAGGAGCCCACAGCUCACAUUUCUUCAACAAUCGCAACAAUGGAAAGGAGGAUGCUGAGGAUGAAUACGUGAAGAAAUAUACCACUUCAACCGCAGCACCGACGACAGCUACCGGUCGACAACAACAGGCAGCCAACAGCACCGUAAGAUCGAGAGGCCGCAACCGCGGAAGAGGCAGCGUUCGAGCACACAAUCUGAACAUCGUACAAAAUGACAUCAAACCAACCACAGCACGAAACACAAAAUUACAGCCCACGACUCCAGAAGGCUUCGUGGAUGUCCCAAAAGCCCCGAGCAAUAGUAGACGAGUCAAUAGUUUCAAUCAACACCCCACGACCGUCCUGAAGCCUCAGAGCGAUAACAGGAUUAACUUUGGACACACACCAGCCUCUACCAAUGUUCCAGUUUCACGUGGACAACGACCGGCUCAAAAUUCGGGCACGAACAGAAACGGCAAUACUAUCCUCCAACAGCAGCAAAUCAACAGUCUUCCCACCAGAACAUCUCAAGCUCAAAACUUCCAGCAGUAUCAAACGACUACGUCUACAACCCAGCAACCGCGUUUCCAGCAAUAUCAAACGACUACCUCGACACCACAGCAGCCACGAUUCCAGCAGUCUCAGACAACUACCCUGACCCCGCAACACCCACGACUUCAGCAGUCCCAAACUACAACCCUUACUCCACAACAACCACGGUUCCAGCAGUCGCAGACAACUACCCUGGCACCACAACAACCACGAUUUCAGCAAUUCCAAACUACCACGACUACGUUGGCAACAACGAAGGAUUCACGAACUCCUGUUACUACUCCUGCUAGUCGUACAAUCAGCCAGUUCAAUGGCUUCAACAAUCAACAGCAAUUUGGACAGGGACACCAACAAAAUCCAACGACCACACCCCAAACACCAAGCAUUAAUUUUCAAUUUUUGAAUCGCAACCAAGGGAAUGAUGCCACAAGUAUCGUCAGCACCACUACUACCACGGUCGCUCCAACGUCUCAAUUCAACAACCGAGUUCAGCAAACAUCUCAGUUCCACAAUACAGCAUUCGAGAACAAAGCCACCGAGAGGUCACUGAACGAGAUAACCACAACUCCUCAAGAGCCGCAGCGCAUACGUGCUCAAUCGCGUGCCUUCAGUGUAGAUCCUAACCGUUACAACCAGUUCAAUUAUAAUGAGUAUCAGGGUAGUCGAGCCGGCACAACCACUACUACCAGUACCACCACUACAACGACCACUACUCCAACCACCGAGAAUGUACAACCGUCCACGUACAAUCCAUUUAUAUUCCGCACACAGCAAAUACCUCAACGUCAGUCGCCACAGUCGCAGAACAGAAAUCCCUUCGACCCUCGAAAAACUCCAGCCGAACCCAUUACUCCCAUCACUACAAGCACCCUGCGUACAUCGACCAACGAACGCUACCACACGAUUGCGCGAAUCGCUGGAGACAAUUACACGCCAUCCUCGAUCAAAAAGUUCUCCACUCUCGUACCAAAGGACCAAUACAACCCGACCACUUUCAAGCCCAACGCCCUUAGCAAAAAAGCUCUCCUGCAGUUCGUGAUUCAAAAUCCGGAAAAACCCCAGGAAAAGAUUGUCCCCGCUCCUGUGAAAAGCACAUUAUACAUUCCGACGAUCCCUCCGGUAACAAUCACCACAACCACCAUCAGCCCCACCACAACCACGGUAGCAACUCCAGCCGUACGAAAACAACCCACCACGAUCUUCUUCCAGCAACAACCGCAGCAGCGACCGAUCCAAACUACGACCACCCAGCUGCCGGAAGAAACCAUCGAAGAUGACGGCCAGUAUCACCCGGAACUGUACGAGAAGGACUUCUACCGAAAUCGCGUCAAGAGCAAGCCCAUCGAAGAACGUAAACUGACAACGGAUCCGCUGACCUCCACCCGCAACAACAACUUUUUCCCGCAAUCAACCCCGGUCUCGCAAUCGCUGCUCUCCGGAAGCGACGAGGAUGAGAUCUUCCGCACGGCGCACUCCCAGAACAUUGCCGCCAGUGGAAACGAUCUCAUACUGGAGCGGGCCCGCCAGGCAGCAGCGAAAAUCAACGAAUUCCUCUCGUCAUCCUCGGACGCCCACCAAAAAACCCUCUCAAGCACCCGCGACGUCCGACAAACGGGUCAACCCGAGACCAUUCUCGAAAGCUCCAACGAUUCCGCCGAAUGCGACCAGCACGAAGAGACCGUCCGAGGAUAAGGAUGAGUACGAUUACGCGUACUAUGACAGCGGCAGUCCAGACGUUCCGGAGUACGACAUCAUCGAAGACUUUGGACGAACUUCCAAGAAGAAGAACUAAACUUUAAACCAGGGUAGUGUGGAAUGAGUGAAUAAGUAAGAAAGGAAAACACGCGUCCUGCAGAGCGAGCGAAUUUUAGCGAUUGUAUAGGGUUUAAAUUAAUUUAAAUUAAUUCGUCGCGGAACGCGAUUUUCGAUGCGUUCAUCGCAUUCGAAGCUACGAAGAGUGAGAUGCAAUCGCGGGUUGCAAACUGCCAUUAUUGUGAUUAUCACUACUCUUCUAUCCGAUUUAUGUUCUAUUUUAUUGUUUUGUUUGUUGCCAGCGAUUUUACUUUUUUUAUGUAUUUUUCGGCGACUUCCCGUCCAUUUCCGCAACUCCUUCGGCGUGAAUCGAGGGAAGAAAUUACGACUACGAAUGAAGACGAGCGGCGGAGCGACUGGGACCAACAUUAACGAAGCCAGUAUUCUUUAAUGAUUUAGCAACCAACUCUCGCCUAAACUUUCAGCGAAAAUCAUCUGUCAUUGAUCAUCCCUUUUACUCUCUGAACAAUGUUAGAUUAGAAAUUGCUUUUCGUACGAAGCGGAAAACAUAAUAACAACGAACGUCUGUUGUGAAAACACAGAAAAUUUUCAGAAACGAUCGAAUCAUAAGACAUACCAUAAUUACUGUAUUUCCAUCGUUUUCUUCCAUUUUUAAUAGCGAGUGCAUAUAAUUGUAAAUAUGAUUAAUUGAAAGCGAACGGUACUAUGUAAGCGAAAAAUAAAGAAAAAGU